AGGUUGAAGCAAAUGCAACUCAACUUGCUAAUGACAAGAAAAUCUGUAGUCCCAAUAAGAAGCACGAGUUAAAACAACAGGCUUUAGGCCCUACCACUUUGGUUCAUCAAGUGGCAUCAGAGGGAAAGGUUGAUGGUAGAAGAAGGAGGUCCUUACGAACAAAAUCCAGUGGCUUGAAGUCUGAAUCAUGUGAAUUUGUGAAUGACCUGCUCAAAAGAGAUGAUGGCGGAUCUCCAGUGACCCAUCAAGUGGGCCUAGAGGAAAAGGUUGUGGGAAGAAGAAGUUCCUUCCGAACAAGAUCCUGUAGUUUGAAAUCUGAAUCACAUGAAUCUAUGGAGUUGCACAAGAUUGAUGAUGCCAUACUUCCAGUGACUUGUCAGGUGCCAUCAGAGGAAAAGAUUGAUGGAAGAAGCAUAAAAUCCUUGUGGAGGAGAUCCAGUUAUUUAAAGUCUGAAUCAUGUGAGCCUUCGGAGGACUCAAUCAAGAUGGAGGAUGCCAAAUUUUUAGUUUAUACGAUCAAGAAUGAAAAUUUGCAUGUAGAAGCUAUUGCUCAUGGAGAUUUUUCUACUUCUUCCAUAACAAAUGUUUUUGUUGAACGAGUAAAGAAUGAGAGGCAGAAUUCAAUUGGGUCUUCAGAACUCGGGAAUCAGGAGUGCCAAAGAAGAUCCUCUGUUGGAAGGCCAUUGCAGAAGGAGGCUGAGAAGGUUGGUUCUUACAAGGAAAUGAAUCUGAAUGUAAAAAUGCGAAGAUCAAAGUAAGAUUCUGGGUUCUCUGCUUACAUCACUAAAAUUUCAGAUGGUGCUAGCUGAGAGCUGCUCACAUUCUUGGAUCCACUUAAUAUAUCUGCUAGAUGAGAGCCUUGACAUGCCAAUGUUUUCUAUGUUCUUGAUAUUUUGUGAUGACAUGGUGAAAUGUAUUACUGUAUUGUAAGAUUAAUUAGUAGGAACCCAUAGCUUA